UCACGCCCAAGCACACACUGCGUUGGAUGACAUACAGUCCGUGCAGAUAAAGGCUCUGUCGACAACAUGGUGUUCCGACUUUGUCUGUGUGUAGCCUUGCUGUUUGUUUGUGGAUAUGCCAACAAGUCCAGUGACUACUGCCGGGUUUUACUCAACAAAGACACAUUUACGACAUCCUUGGACCAAUUUCUGGCUUCAUGGAAUGAGACUGGUGGGGUCACGGACAUGGGCGGUGAAAACAAAACAGCCUGCCUGGCAGCUGUGGACAGACGUGUUAUUGACCUGGAGAACAAAGUCGCCAACCUGACGUCGGAGCGGAGUGCAGAUUGUGGUCCUCCGCCUCAACAACAAAACACAGACGUCUACAUUUCAUCGGGUUUUCAAUCCAUUGCCACCUACACAUGCAAGACGGGUUUCGUGAGCGUCCAUCUUGGUCAACAACCAACGGGCUGGUGUCAAAAAGACAGGAACUGGACGAAGGUCAACUUGAAGUGUUUCAACCUCUCUAGCUGUUGGUUGGCACCUACUGGAAGAGCGUUGUACACCGGAACUGUAUCAAACACCACAACUGGCAGGGUCUGUCAGCGAUGGGAUUCUCAGGAGCCACACGGUCACAACAAUUAUCAAGACGCUAAGUUCUCCAUCCCAGGAUUUGACCCUCCCCCAAGUGUCACAGAAUCCGCUAACUACUGCCGUGACCCAGAUUACGAAGGGUUUGCAUGGUGUUACACAACGGAUCCAUCAUCCCGCUUCGAAAGGUGUGAUGUCCCUGAGUGUGAGAUCCAGGAUUGACAGGCUUACAAGUACGAAACUGGCCCAGCUGGCUUCUGUCCUCGUCCUCUCUCCCACUAUAACCAGUGUUGUCUUUACUAUGAGAUAUUUCUAUGUUGUGGGUUGGGAGGAAUUCGUACUUUGCAACAUUAAAAUCGGUCAUUGUGAAACAAUUAUAGACCGGAUGUUCUGGACCCCAGGAUUUGACACACCCAAAACUGUCACGGGAUCUGCAAACUCCUGCCGUGACCCAGAUCGUACAGGGUUCUUAUGGCGUUUCACAAUGGGAAAAAUGUAAUGGCCGUUUAUUUUCUGAUAAUUCAUAUAAAACCCCAGAAACAAUUAAAACAUUCUUUAGAGAAAACAUAAAUAUACUGAUAGAUAAUGUCAAUCAUUAACAUCAUCUUUAAAUAUAACCAUUUACAAAAUAUUAUUAUUGCUAACCUAUUUCAUAUAUAUUGCAUCAACACUUCAUUGAUGACAUAUUCCAUAUAUACUUUAAUUCAUACAUAGAUAUGCAUAUACAUAUCAUAUAGGGAAACAGAUUAAUACGAUGCAUUUCUUAUCAUUUAGACAUUACACAAUGCAUAACAUAUAAUAAACCUACCAAGUGUGUGGACCUGGGUACAAUCAGUACACACCGGCAGCUGCACGAGCAAUACAGAUACGUCUCCAUAAAUAAAUAAACAUCUAUGCAAACUGUGCACACUAAUCAAACGACAGCAAUAACAAUACAAACAAAUACGUUAGUUAUUGUUGAGUAAUGAGAAACAUUUACAAUAUACAUAAUGAUAAAACCGGCUUCAUUCCUACAUUCACACAAUAUGCAUGGGUACAUUUACAGAUACAUUCAUGCGUUUACACAUUACACAUUCAUACAUCAGCUGUAUAUUACUUAAAGAUUAAGUUUAACACUGAUAAUGCAUUACAUUCUGCAACACAACUAGUUAACAUAAACUUCUAAAUACUUACAAUAUGAUUAUCAAAUAAUAAUAAUUGCCAAAGCAUAAACACAAUACAUGUACACAUCAAAUGAAUAUGUACAUUCUACAAAAGUAUUGAAAGAGACCAACCUUCAGAAAUGAUCUCAAGAGCUCCAAUAUAAUGUCCAAAUAAUCCAGCUAGUACGAGAUCCACUAUCCACAAACGCCUGUUGUGACCAGUUGACAGUAGAAAUGUUGUGAGCUGUUGCGCUUGGUCGGGUUAUUGUGUGGCAGUGAUCUAGGUCAUUGUGGCUGAGGCAGAAAACUCAUGCAGUAAGCUGAGAGAGGGGCUAAGAGAAGCUGAAGAGUGAAGUGUAUAAUGUUUAAAAUGCACUAAACAGAAUAUAUUUUAAGUCAGUAUAAACUAAAGAGUAAAAAUACGAAAUAUGUGCAAACAUUUCAAGCUGUGAUAUAACUGAAAAAUUGUUGAAAGUGAUGUUUAAACCGUCCCUGUGGUUCUUUACUGAUAAUGCUUAAUAUAGAUAAGAUUAGUUAAUACCUUAUUAUCCCAUGGAAAAUUUUGGGUGAUAGCAGGUCCAUUUUCCCCUAUGACAUGAAUCGUUGCUCGCAGUAUCAAUCACUGGGUUGUCUAGUUCAGCUCAAUUGUUCACAUGCCUUUCUUUUAUAGCUAAUCAUAAACAGAUAUAUGCAUGCAAAUUGAGAGUUAUGAUGUUACAUAUACUGUGAUGGAGAGAGUGUUAAUCAGUCUUUGUAAGAUGAACAGUCGUGAAUAAACAAUAUCAUUGUAUGCUAUUCAAAGACAUAAGCUGUUAAAAUCUUUAGAAAAUAUUAAAAAUAGGACACUGAUUGGUAUUAAUCUUGCCUUACCUUGCAAUGCAGGUCUCCCAAUUACUCAAAAUCAGAAUGUUUUCAAAUAUGUACAUACCUGUUUCUCAAAGAAAACGUUUUCUCUGUUAACUUCUGUUGUACAUAUCCUUGCCUAUGUCUGUCACUUGUAUACAUUGAUAUUAUUGUAAGAGUACUUGUGUAAUUAUUGGGAGAGAGCCCUUUCCAAGUUGGAUAACUUGUGCCCAGUCCUUUUCUUGAAUUAAUGAUAUAUGUUUCAAUCAAUAAACACAAUCAAACUCUCA